UAUUCGACGCUCUAACCCACGUGACCGGAAGUAAGCACGGUUCAGCAGCAGUUCCCGCGUUUGUCGACUCUUUCAAUCACAAGCGUAAACUUGGAGUAGCCCCAAGCCAUUCCGGAUAUGGAUGAUCUGUAUUUAGAUAAUAUUGACGAAUUUGUGAAUGAUCAAAAUAAGAUCGUCACUUACAAAUGGCUCAGUUUAACUCUUGGAGUCCACGUAAACACAGCAAAACAAAUGUUGUAUCAUUAUCUGCAGCAGAAACGCAAUGAAAGUUCAAGGACUCCACUUCAUGCCACCUAUCUUGUAUCUGGAAAAUGUGUUGAGAAUGGUAGUACGUGCCAUAAAGUGUCAGUAGUACGUGAGGACAAGCUUGAUGCUGUUAAAGCAAAGAUGGACAUGACCAUUAGUGUGCAUGUGUACAGUGUGCAGAGAGCUGAGCUGAAGGAUAGUUCACCUCUUUACAAUACAGAUUAUGAUGCUGUUAAGGAGAACCUGAAAAACUGCAACAAGUACAGUGCUAUACGUUGUGCUGCUGCAGUCCCAAUGUCAUCUACUGAGCUGCAGGGAGCUCAAGAGAUGGCUUUGGUCCCUCCAGUGGAGAAAGAAAUCAGUAAAACUGGCUUAAAUGAAAACACUUCAGCUACCUCCAAACCCAGUGCUAAGCAGCCAGUGGGUAUCAUGGGAAUGUUUGCCAGCAAAAAUGCUUCUAAGAGCCAAGAAUCCAGCAUGGAAGUGAAAACAGAACAGAAAGACGAUUCUUCCCUGGUUGAAACAUCAAAAAGCAAAACAGCCUCCAAAGCGAACCCGAUGAGUAACUUCUUUGGGAAGUCUGCCCAAAAAAAGGCUGAUGAAAAACCCAACAAAAACAUUAAAGAAGAGACGGCUGCCAGCUCAACAGCUACUGCAAUUAUAAAAAAGUCACAGACGUCUCUCAAAUCUGAGAUUGACAUUAAAGAUGAACAAUCCAAAGUGUCCAGUGCAUUGAAGAUUGAAUCAAAAGACACUCAGAAUAAAACAAGGCGUCCUGAGGUUGUGGACAGUGAUGAUGAGAAAAUGGAGAGGCAGCAGAAGAAGAGACGGCGGAUAAAGAAGCCCCAGCCAGACAGCAGUGAUGAUGAGGUUGUGCCAGAUUCUCCACCUGUGCCUAAUGUGCAGACUCCCAGCCCUAAAAAAGAAGUGAAUAGAGAACCUGUUUCAAACCAAGAAGAGAGCUCAGAGGUGAAGAGGAGGAAAAGGAGGCGUGUUUUGAAGUCUCACACAUUUGUUGAUGAAGAUGGUUCCUUUGUGACAGAGAAGGGUUAUGUGAGCGAGUCUUACUCUGAGAGUGAAGAGGAGCCUGAACCCAACAGUCAAGCCAAGGACUCAAGCUCACUCAAGCAUUCAUUUGGAAAAAGAGAAAAAGAGAAAAAAGAAAAGAGUCAGAAGAAGACUUCUACCACUAACAAACCUACAAAACAGCCAUCCAUCAUGGGAUUUUUUCAGAAGAAAUAACUUUUU